AUGGCUCUUUACGGGAUCUUGUCAUUUCGUCAGAGCAACAUAACCGAGCUUAGACCCAUCCGUCUCUGGAUAACCAGCAAACCUGGUCCCAGCGGUGUCGAGAUGGAACUGCUGACGACGCAUCUGGAAAAUAUAAAAAUUGUCCAAUACGUAUCGAUCGCUAGCGCGGUCGUGUAUUCGUACGACUUCGCGCUCACGUUUGGUGCAGAGACGCAGUUUCUUUGGAUGAAAAGGAGUGGACGCAUCGGAAGGUAUCUGUUCCUGUUUACUCGAUACUCUCCCGUCAUUGGGCUUUCCCUCGGACUCAUUGAAUUGAACCCGUUUACUGCCCGUCUGUCCGAUCAGACGUACGUGAAGUUCCCUACACAUGUGUCAGGCCUCCAGAGUGAUCACCAUUAUUGCUCAGAUAGCAAUGUCAGCCUCUUCAACAGGGAUGUUCUGUCUUCGUCGUUCUUCUAUCUGAGUGUCAUCAUCCAAGUCGUAACUGGAGCCAUUGCCAUUUCAAGUGCCAUAACUCUCAUGGGAUUCCGUGAGACCGUCUGCGCGUUUACAGGACCGCCACCAAAGGAGUUGCAUCGAAUGGUCGCAGGAUACUUUCUGUCCGUGCUUCAUCUUAAGAUCCGCGAGCUGCCAUUCGAAAUUCUGAUUCUGGUCGCGACCUACCUGCAUGCAACCGAGGCAAAGCGGAAGCAUUUUUUGAAUCACGAAUCCGCCGCGUUGCUAAUUCUACGACGUAUGUACCAAGAUGGCGCAAUCUACUUCUUGCUUGCCUUUGGAAUGCGUCUUGGUGGCGCGAUUAUAUGGCUCGCGUUCCCUCCCGACCUCAAAUUUGUCUCCGACCUUCUAAUAUAUAGUCUGAGCAGCGUAGUCUCAACUAGAUUCUUCCUUGGACUGCGGCGGCUGGUACCGAGACCAAUUGUUCAAACUCACCAUCCAACCCCAGAAGGCUCACUGUUCGUCGAUACGUACAGCUUACCCAUUGCGAAGUCGCGCAAUACCCAUCCGCAUUUGUCUGAAGGCGUCAAUCUCUCUGUCAUGCCACCAAGAGGCUCGAAAGACGCCUGCUUACCCAAAGACGCCGAGCAUGUGUUAGGCGGUAUUAUGACUCAGUUUGAUUGCCACUGA